AUGUCUCUAUAUCAGUUGACUGAAGAUGAAGGAAUGCAAUAUCCAUUGGCUGCAGGUGCGAUCAAGAAAUCCUUUUACAUGGAUGAUGCAUUGGUAGGGGCCAACACGUUGUUAGAAGCAAUUGAGUUGAAGAAUCAGAUUGUCAGUUUGUUGAAGAAGGGAUGUUUUAACGUACACAAAUUUGCAUCGAAUUCUCAAGAAUUGUUGGCAGACAUUCCAGAGGCACACCGAGAACGUGGCCUUGAAAUCGAGGAUUCUAGUACCACUGUCAUGAAAACACUAGGCGUAGCUUGGAUUCCUACGAAGGAUCAGUUCACGGUUGUAAUUCCAGUUCACCCGGUCGAUAAGAACGCUAUCCACACAAAGCGAACAAUCUUGAGCCAAAUUGCAAAAAUUUUCGACCCUUUGGGCUUUGUGGGUCCAGUGAUAACCACGGCUAAGUUGAUAAUGCGUGAACUGUGGGCACUAAACCUGGAGUGGGACCAACCGGUUCCAGAAGCUAUGGUGCAACUGUGGAUGAACUAUUACCAACAGUUGCAAAGCUUGAAUAAUAUAAAUAUACAACGAUGGAUCAUGAUCGAACAUGCUUGUGGUAUCGAGCUUCAUGGGUUUGCAGAUGCAUCGGAUCUCGCAUAUGGCGCCUGCAUGUACACCCGUCUCAAACGAAACGACGCCACAUCGGAAAUGAAACUAGUAUUCAGUAAGUCAAGAAUAUUGCCACGGAAAACGAAAAAACAAAAGCUAAUCACCACACCGCGAUCGGAGUUAUUGGCGGCAGUACUAUUGUCACGAUUGACGUUAAAGAUAUUAGCAGCGGUCGAGAUUAAAUUUGUCAGUGUUACUUUGUGGAGUGACUCGCAAAUUGUCCUGUGCUGGAUUCGAAAGUCGCCUGACGAGUUGGAGACAUAUGUCGGCAAACGAAUUCGGGAAAUACAGAACAUAACUGGAGAAUUCAAGUGGAAUUACAUUCCGUCGGCGGAGAACCCCGCUGAUUGCCUAUCCCGUGGAAUCACACCGAAGAAUAUUAAAUCCCACCCGUUGUGGUGGACUGGCCCACCAAGGUUCCAGACAGAAGACCCGCAAAUUGUUGAGUUAACUCCUAUGGCGGAUGCAGAAUUACCUGAAAUAAGAAAGACAAUGUUAGUAGCAGCUGUGAAAGUAGAACGUUUACUGCUAUUCGACAGAAUCAGUCAGUUUUCAAUCAUCCAGCGAGCUAUGGCUUAUGUUGUGCGGUUUUGUGACUACAUACGAAGUGGUAGAAAGAAGCUCACAAGGGGUUCGCUAACGACGGAUGAGAUAUCGCGGUCAUUUAUUGUGAUAGUACGACUAGUGCAAGCUGAAGCGUUUGCAGCGGAACUCAAGGUGUUACGAAUUCAGAAGGCGGAGUCCAAGGUGCCGUUUUGCUCUUUACGUCCUUUCAUUGAUCCGCAUGAUGGCGUACUCAGGGUCGGAGGCCGUUUGAGACAUGCCGACGUUCCGUAUGACUACAAGCAUCAAGCCUUGUUACCUGAAAAACAUCCCUUGACAGUGACUUUGAUUCGGUAUCUGCACCAAAGCAACCUUCACAUCGGUCAGCGCGGUUUACUAGCCAUCGUUAGACAGCGAUAUUGGCCUCUGCGAGUGAAGAACACCAUCCGGAAGGUGAUACACCAAUGCAUAUCCUGUUACCGUUUGAAGCCAAUUAAAUCUACCCAGCUGAUGGGAGAUCUGCCAGAUUAUAGAGUUCAACCAUCGUUUCCAUUUACCCGCACAGGACUUGACUUUGCCGGUCCAUUUAGGAUUCGUUCGAACCAUAAAUUGCGGAAUGCUCAGACAAUGAAGGGCUAUGUAUGUGUGUUUGUAUGCAUGGCUACACGUGCACUCCAUCUGGAGGCUGUAUCAGAUUUGACAUCAGAGGCAUUCCUCGGUGCACUUCAACGGUUCAUCAGUCGUCGUGGUCUAGUUGAAAAUCUAUAUUCCGAUAAUGCGACCAAUUUUGAGGGCGCUAAUAAUGAACUGCAACGUCUUACGCGAUUGUUCAAUGACGAGCAACACAAACUUGGUCUUGACGCAUUCUGUACGCAGCGAAGCAUAAAGUGGUCCUUUAUUCCGCCACGAAGUCCGCACUUUGGCGGGAUUUGGGAAGCGGGUGUCAAAUCCGUUAAAUUCCACCUGAAGCGAAUCCUGGCUGAACACAAUCUUUCAUACGAGCAGCUUUCCACCGUAUUGGCGCAGAUAGAAGCAAUUUUAAAUUCUCGACCACUAACACCUAUCUCGGACGACCCGAAUGAUGUUCGUGCUAUAACACCUGCUCAUUUCUUAAUUGGUCGGGAAUUCCAAGCGAUUUCGGAACCAUCAUAUAAGAAGAUCCCUCCUGGUCGACUCUCAAAGUGGCAGUUAGUACAAGAUUUGAAGCAAAAGUUCUGGAAUCUUUGGAUGAAUGAUUACCUUCACGAACUUCAGCAGCGUCGGAAGGACUUCAAGGUCACUACGUUUAGGGUUGGCGCGUUGGUACUGAUCGUCGACGACAAUGUACCUCCCCUACAGUGGAUGUUGGCUCGUAUCACUGAGCUGAUCCCUGGAAAGGACGGCCAUGUGCGUGUGGUUGGCCUGUUAUUACCAAAUGGAACAACAACUACUAGAGCGGUGAAGAAAAUAUGCUUACUUCCACUGGAUGCCGAGGAAGAUUGA